GGCCCGUGACGUGAAGUGCGAGGCGCCAUCAUUGCAUGCCCCGCCAUGGCGUCGCAGCCCGCCUCCUCCUCCUCCUACCUCGUUGCUGGCUUGCUGGGUCGCCCCGGUGCUGCCAAGGCCAUGGCGCGCACCGACGCCACGCCCGCUCAUGCCGCCGCAGCGGGCAGUGGCGGGGGGGGCGGGGAGGGCGGGCAGUGGUACUUCACGCGCGAGCACAUUGAGAAGCACUCGCCGUCGCGCGCCGAUGGCAUUGACUUGCGCCGGGAGACCUACCUGCGCCGCUCCUACUGCACCUUCCUGCAGGACCUCGGCAUGCGCCUGCGCGU